AAGUAGAAAUUCAGGACUAAUUUCUUAUUUUGUUUUCUUGCUUUUCUGUUUGGUCAUUGGGGUAAAAAUGUAAAAGAAAACCUCGUUAUUAAUAAUUUAGGUUUUACUUAAAUUCUAGAACCAAUCGAAUGUAAUUUACUUUUGAAUUUUGACGCUGAACGAUAUGAUUUGGAGAGGUUGCGCGUGGAGACGUCUCCAGGCCUGUUUGUAAUUCUUUUAAAAAUUAAAAACAGGCCUAAACGACUCAAUAAAUACAUCGAUAGUCAUCAUCAGAGUUUCUCUAUAAUCUACCAGACACUUUAUAAUUGAAUUAAACAGCCACGGUGCUCCUGCAUGCUCCUCCAAAAAGCUCCUCCCCUCGGUGGUGUGUGUGUGUGGAGAAGUGCGUCUUAUAAGAGCCGCUCGACAUCCCACGUCCAGCCCAUAAUCUGAUCUGAAAAUCCGUAGGUGAGGAGAAGGUUGAACCUCCUUCCAUCAUUCGUUCAGGGAGGGAGGCGUGUAGACACAGAGAGAACCCGGGCGCACGGUGCUUGCGUCGCCUCCACGGCCGAGAUUCUUCACCCUCCUUGGAGCCUUUUCCUCUUUUUUUUGAACAACUCUUUUUCCUAAUUUAUUUGCAACGAUGCAGUUAGAGAACAUCCUUCCCAGCGCGAGCAUCAAUUUACCCAAAACCUUUUACAACCUCUCCUCGUCGGACAGUGUCAACAACAGCCCGAGGCCGUCGUCCCAGCUCGAGUACCAGGAGGUGGACCGGACGGAAUCGGAGUCCGGCAGCGCGCCCAAGAAAUAUCUGAGCGGGGUGGGCAACGGGAUGCUGGGCGAGGCGGGGGACACUUUCACUAAAUCCGGGCCCGAUGGGAGGAAAGGCUCCCCGGUGCUCGAGGACGAGCUGACGAGCGCUCGGCGGUACAACAUAGACGAACUUGGCUCUGACAGAUACUUCAUCUCGUCCCAGGCGAGUACCGACAUGGCAAGCCCCUGUUCCCUCUUUCCCUAUGCAGGACAGACCGGCUCGGUGUACACGGGCUCCAGCGGCUCCCGGUACCCGGCGUCGCUUCACUACGGAUCCGUCCUGCCGCCCACGGGCUUCUCCUCCUCGUCCGUGUGCACCGGCCGGAGCCAGUUUAGCACCGGAGGGUACCAGUUCAGCCAGGGUCCGGGCUGUUUGUACCCCUCCUAUCCCGGAACGGGGACGGGCAUCGGCUCCAUGUCGCUGCCGGGGUCUGCCGCCGGAGCCAGGGCGCAGGUGUAUCUGUGCAACCGGCCGCUGUGGCUGAAAUUCCACCGGCACCAGACCGAGAUGAUCAUCACCAAGCAGGGCAGACGGAUGUUUCCAUUCCUGAGUUUCAACAUCACUGGACUCAACCUCACGGCACAUUACAACGUCUUUGUAGAAGUCAUACUGGCCGAUCCGAACCACUGGCGCUUUCAGGGAGGAAAGUGGGUCACCUGUGGGAAAGCGGACAACAAUAUGCAAGGUAACAAGAUGUAUGUUCAUCCCGAAUCUCCAAACACCGGUGCUCACUGGAUGAGGCAAGAAAUCUCAUUUGGCAAGUUGAAGCUGACCAACAACAAAGGGGCCAACAACAACAACACACAGAUGAUAGUCUUGCAGUCGCUUCAUAAAUACCAGCCGCGGCUGCACAUUGUGGAGGUGACGGAGGACGGAGUGGAGGACAUGAGCAACGAGGCCAGGACUCAAACCUUCACCUUCCCAGAGAACCAGUUUAUAGCCGUCACUGCGUACCAGAACACAGAUAUCACACAGCUGAAGAUAGAUCACAACCCAUUUGCAAAAGGCUUCCGGGACAAUUAUGACUCGAUGUACACAGCCCCAGAGAGUGACAGGUUGACUCCAUCCCCUACAGAUUCCCCUCGCUCCACCCAGAUUGUGCCUGGGGCCCGCUACGCCAUGCAGCCUUUCUUUCAGGACCAGUUUGUCAACAACCUGCCUCAGAACCGUUUCUACACUGGUGAACGGGCCGUUCCCCAAACCAACAGCCUUCUGUCCCCACAGAGUGAGGACGCCAGCGCCGCCGCCUCUGCCCAGCGCUGGUUCGUCCCACCAGUUCAGCAGCCGGGCUCCAACAAGCUGGACCUGUCCUAUGACAAUGACUAUUCCACCAGUAGCCUCCUCUCCUAUGGCAUAAAGCCCCUGUCCCUUCAGACCUCCCAUGCCCUCAGUUACUACCCAGACUCGGCCUUCGCCUCCAUGGCUGCUGGUUGGGGCACCAGAAGCACUUACCAGCGCAAGAUGACCACGGGCCUGCCCUGGUCCCCUCGUCCGAGCCCCCCGGCCUUCCCCGAGGACCAGCUGGGGGCCACUAAAGACAAGCUGCCGGAGGAGAGCGCGCCCCCGGCCUCAACCUGGAUCGAGACGUCCCACUCACUGAAAUCUGUGGACUCUACUGAUUCUGGUGUGUACUCCAUGGUGUGCAAGAGGCGCAGGAUGUCUCCUGGGGGCUCGAGCACAGAGAACUCCCCCACCAUCAAGUGUGAGGACUUGACCACGGAGGAGUACAACAAGGACAACCCAAAAGGCAUGGGUUAUUAUGCAUUCUACACAAGCCCCUGAGACUAUUUAUUAAAACUAUAUAAAAAUCUUUUUUGCUUAUUGAGUGCUCUCCAUUCCUUGAUAAUGUCUUUUUUCUCUUUUCUCUAAAGGUGCCAAAGCUUAGUGUUCCCCCCCAAGCAAGCUGCACUCGGUUAUUUUCCCAGGCCAGCCCCUCUCACAUACCCGAACAUGCAUAGUGAUUGUUGUUUUUGAAAAAAGCAUGUCCCUUCUUAUUCAUUUAUUUUUAAAAACAUUUUUUUUUUUCACAAAUGUGAUAAAUCCCCCCCGCCCCCCCUGCGUAUUUAAGUCAUUUUCGUUGUACAGUAUUCGUGCACUUUAGAAAUGUGAUGUAUCUUGUACAAAGUGUCUUCAUGGAGGUGUUAUUAAAUGGAUAAUAAAACAGCUUUUCAUAAAGCAUUGUCCAAAUGUCGUUCUCUGGAUGUUUUAUUCACAAAGGGAAGUGGCGGAGAGAUUGUGGCUGUAAAUAAAAAUAAAUCUAAAAGCAUUUUUUUUUUUUUUAAACGUGUGCUUGUUGCAGCGGGAAGCGGAACAUUAGGCUGUGACACGUUAAAAUGGAAAUUGUGCAUGUCUUGUUAAACAGUGAACGCACCCGAGUAGUGUUGACUUGUAAAGCUACUGUAUUUUAUGGCUUGUUAAGGAGGCCAGGAAUUCGGGCCUCUGCACCGGAAGCCCCUGAGUGGUUGAGGCCAUCAAGCUGACACUGCAAUGAGCAGAAUAAACUGUAAAACCAU